AUGUCUGCAACUAACUUACAUAAUUAAAACCUCCCUUAAAUUGUUGGAAACUACAAGCUUUUAAAAUAUCUUGGUUAAGGCCGAUUUGGUUUUGUUGGUUUGUAUUCAAAUGCUGCAGACAAAGCUGCAAUAAAAUUUGAUUCAUCUUGA